CUAGCUCUUUGUGUUGUUCGAUUCUCUCCGCCUAUUACUGUUGAGACAUAUUACAUAAUGAGAGAUCGUCCUAGCGCUAGCACUACAUAUUGUUUCUCCUCUGAUGUUGAUGACAGAAGCAAUUUUCAAUAAAUUUUUGUUCCGCGUCACGUAAUUGAUUACAAAAUCGCGAAGUGAGUCUCAAGUUGUAGCUCCAGUGAUAGGAAAGCCUUGUUUGAUUUAAGAAAGUAGAUUGAUUAUCAAAACAAACAGACAAGGACAACGAAGAUGGCCGCCGUUGUCCCUGGUUCGCGGAUGCAAGUACAGCAGUACGUGAAGGUGCCCUCAGUGCGCCGUCAAAAAAAGUAUCAACCUCGUCCGAUAGGAUAUCGCGGAAAUUGGGAUCACGGCAAAGACAUGGAUGAUCCAGUGUAUCCCACAUUAAGGCUUUAGCUUGCGUCGAGAAGUUGUUCUCACUGGCUCGUCUCGUCGUGAAGUAGGCAAUAGUAGCUACAAAUAGGGAGUAAUUACCCGUGGUUUUUGUCGAUAUAAUGAAUCAGCAUAGCGUAGUUGCAGUUGCUUGUCUCUAAUGUGAAAAUCCUUACCUUACGAGUUGCGCCCGAAGCACGCACCCGACUGGCGCAAUGCGGGGCGCGCACUCCUCACGGCUUCGCUUGGUAUGGUCGAGGGCCAGCGGAUGAAGCAUCUUGGUAAAGGAAACUACUGUGAGGAACACUGAAACUAUGUCUUAUUCUUUCAAUUUUCUUAAGCUCUAGUUAGUACGAAGUGAUCGUGAUUGCGCAUUGUUUGUAUAUGUGGUUGGUUCUCAUUUCGUAGUUCCUAGAAGUAGAACUUACUAGAACCAACUAGAACUAGAAGUGAAUCAUCGCAAACGCCGAUCACAGGAAUGAUGAUGAAGUGGCAGAAGAGCGGCACAUGUGGCGAACGUUGUGACUCUCAGUGCGCUACUACUGCUGACCGAUUCUAUUGCGCCCAGCGCGUAGCGGGAAGCCACUUCGAAUAUGUGAAUGCUAUGGACGGUCUGCUGAUGCGGUACAAGGGCGAUAUACAGCCACAAGAUUUUUCGAUCAAGAGAGGAAAAAAGCCAAUCCAUACUGUUCCGUGGGCUGUAGCGCAGAAGCAUGCUCGGACGAGCCGAACAUUUGUUUUGGAUCGCGAAGAGGGUGACGAACAAGAAGAGAAUGAAAAACAAGUACGCGACGCGGAGGAAGAAUCAAAUCCUUUAGCGGGAGGAGAAGUAUCUUCAAGGCAAACAAGAACAAGAACGAAUAGGAGAGAUUCCACAGGAUUACUAGAUAAUGGAGCACCCGAUGAUGUAGCAUUUGUUCUGCGGCCUGAGGGAGAGCCUUUCAUUCACCCGGUCUUUGGACUCGAUCCUGAAGAUGAGACGUCGCUUGUUCACCGUUUGCCUGGAGCGUCGAACGUGAUGCGUCAGGUAUCUCAGGAGACAGCAAGCAGUCUCGUUACUAAGCACGUGCGUCUCGCGACCGGAGCAAUAUGGAUCGACCGAGACGCGAAAAUGCUAGCAUUGCACGAUCAUUACGCACUACAGAAAUGCAUGUUUAGAUUUGAUAGAAGUGUCAGUCCGACAAACAUCUUCAUGAACCUGUAGAAUGAUGAAUAUUUAUAGGGUUAGUAGUUUUCUUCAUCUGUAGUAAUAGGAGUCCGAGCCCCUUUACCCCGAGAAUAAGUACAUCAAUCAAUCAAAUCAAUCAGGAGUGGUCAAAAUGGUAGAUGCGCAUGUUGCGACAUGAUAGUUGACAUUAGGGGUUUGGUUCCUCCUCUUGCUCUUGGAUUGUAAUAAAUUAAGAAGUGAAAGCUAGGAAUUUUUGAUGUGAGUCCUUAAUAAUUCCAGCAGCAGCACCAGCAGGGGCUUCAAGGUCAUUGAUACAACGAGGAUAUUCGAGAAAAGUAACAAAAGAAUAUCUCUCCUGAUCUAUGAUGCAACUUUUCAAGUAGACAACCUGAAGAAUAGUAAUUGCGUGAAAAAUCACUUCUAAAUUCGAGAGGCCGAUAACGAUACUAUCAGGGACGAAAAUAUGGAGGAUGACGACGAGGUAGACAUUGAGCGGUGCCUGCUGGAGCACGAGUACCAGCGUGCCGUGGCGCUGGCGUUUGCGGAGCCAGAUGAUGAAGCAGAGGAGGACGCUGGUGAAGAGUGAGGAGGAAGUUACUCUUGUUCGCUGCGGAUCAAUAGUUCCCCUGACAACAUACGAGUCAUCUACUAAGCCUGCUGUAGUUGUCGUAGGACUCAUCCUAUACCAGUUGCAUGACUAGGACGCAUUGUUCGUCAAAUUAACUAUGGCAGACGCGGACGCCCUGGCUCGGCACGCAUAUACGGGGCGGCGACUUCGCGUGCACAUUCUCCGCCUGCUUAACAAUUUUCUGCUUCGUCAUCGACAAUGGCAAAAUGGCAGGAUAACACGGUUAGUCAUACCUGGACCGGGAUGAAAUGACUGAUCAUACGUCUCCUGCUUCGAGGACAUUAAGAGGCACGAUGCUCGUAGCCGAUGACGCGUUCCGAUGUUAUACUAAAAGAGCUGCCCCCCCCGCGCACGCGGGAAGGUUGCGACCUUGUUAUGACAAUGGUGAAGCAUUGAUUGGAUGACUCGCCUCGAGAAAAAAGUCUUCUCGGGCACUGUCACUUGAGCCACACGAUAUGGAAAGAUAUGCUUUUCGGAUCCCGAACAUGCUGAUUCUAUUUCCAUCUUGAGUGUCGCAUUCGCACGACCGUCUGGGUCUGCUUCAUUUAUAUUGCCUGCCUUAACAAAAACAAUUCGAAUGCGAAUGCAUAACUGCUGAGGCACAUUCUGGCUCUUUGACCGUUGAAGAUGUUGAACAUUUAUUUGAAUGAAUGUAUGAAUGAUAGUCGCUCGAAGACAUUCGUCACAAGUUGAAAAAUGUAAGAAACGAGAUUCAUUCUUGAUCACGUGGCGGAAGUGCUUCCUUCGUCCAUAUGGGAUUCUGACAACAAAUCACUGCUAGGAUUCUGAACCAUCUGCAUCGCUCCUUCUAUUCGUCUUCAGCGGCACUGCUACUUGUGCUGAUCAUCUAAAAUUCAUGCUUUUCUCGUCCGAUGGUGAAAAA